CAACAUUAGAUAUAUAUCUAUGACUCUGCCACUGAUAUUGAGUUUUUGCAAGCUUGAGAUGAAGAUAUUUUCGUCUAGUUGAAUUCAGUUCAUUAAACUUAUAACAUAUCAUGUCGACCAAUGACUAUAUAUCGAAAUGCUUGACUUCGAUGUAAUAUUGGAUCAUGUCGGAAAUUUUGGAAGAUAUCAAGCAGUUUUGUGCAUCAUGAUUUAUUAUUUGAUUUGUUCAACUUCAAUGCAUAUGUUUGCUCCAGUAUUUUAUGCCUAUUCAACACCGCACAGAUGUCGUUUCCCCCAAAUCGAUGAUCCCCACACAUUUUCUGAUUUGAAUGAAAAUGACAUUCUUAAUCUGACAACACCUUUUGACGAAAAAUCUGCGGAAUAUGACACAUGUCACAGAUACUCAUACAAUCUUUCUCAAUGCCAUUCAGCCAUACAAUGUAUAAUUAAAAAUAACACGGAACGUUGUCUUGAUGGACAUGUAUUUGAUCGAUUCGAUUUUGUUGAAACUACAGUAUCGGAGUGGCAUUUGAUAUGCGAUCGCGAUUAUUUAAAUACAUUGGAGAGCUCGCUAUAUUUCGUGGGGAUGAUGAUUGGAGGACUUGUCGUUGGGUUUCUAGCGGACAGAUUCGGACGAAAGCCUGUUUUGCUAUUAUGUUGCAUGGGUAUCAUGAUUUUCGGAACAAUUUCUUCAGUUGUUCCUUGGUUUCCUCUAUUUGUCGUGACUCGAUUUCUUGUUGGGAUUUGUACGAAUGGACAAGAUUUCGUUGCUCAAGUGUAUGUCAUGGAAGUCACAGGCCGUAAACAUACCACAGCGUCACUCAUGGGCCAAGCUGCAUUCGGAAUUGGAAUUAUGAUCAAUUCUUUCUUUGCGUAUUUUAUUAGAGAAUGGAGAUACUUUUAUUUAGCAUUAUCAUUAUUUCCAGCGCCAUUUCUUAUCUUCUGCUAUUUUAUUCCGGAGUCGCCACGUUGGCAUAUUUCAAAAUCCCAAGACGAAAUUGGUAAACAAAUGGCGAUCAAUUUUGCUAAACGCAACGGUAAAGAAAUAACUGAAGCUGUUUGGAAUAAAGCGGAAAUGCCAAUCGAAGAAAUAGGAGAGACAUUUACUGAGAAAUACUCAGCGCUUGACUUAUUCAAAGGAAGAAGAAUUCGAUUUGUCACUAUUUGUGUAAAUAUUUGUUGGUUUACGACAUGGUUAACAUCGAUUGGCCUCUCUUUAAACGUAGGAAAUGUUGCAGGAGAUAUAUAUUUCAACAAUGCUUUGAACGGAAUCAUAUCUUUGGUUUGCUCGAUUUUACUCAUCUUCGUGGUUGACAGAAUAAGUCGACGUUACCUACUAGGAGGUUCAAUGUUGUUGACGGCAUCUUCUGGAUUGGGAAAUUUUUUUGUCAUAUAUUUUGGUAAUCACAUAUCAGCUUUGGAAACUGUUAGCAGAGUGUUGACAUUUGUAGCAUAUAUUGGAAGUUGGAUUGUUGUUGUCGUUCUUUUUAUGUACACGGCAGAACUUUAUCCUACUGUAGUAAGAAGCAACGGACUUGGUGUGUCAACUGUAGCAGCCAGCUUGGGAAGCAUUCUUGCGCCCAUAGUAAUUUCAACAUCUCAUUUAUGGUUACCAAGCUUAAUGUUUGGGUUGUUAUCAAUUAUUGCUGGCGCGUUGUUUUUUCGACUACCAGAAACAAUCAAUAGGCCAAUGACAGAAACUCUCGAAGAAGCCGAUCACUUUUAUGUCGGAAGGAGUACACUGCGACAAAAGCAAUGUAAUUCGUUUUCUCACAGUGUUUUAUCGGUAGUCUCGGAUUCUGAAUUGACAACAACACAAUCGAGCUAACUGCGGAUACCAUGUAAUGGUCUUGCAUACUCAAGGCAAAACUCCACAACAUUUUUUUCACUUGCGCAAUAUCACUGCUACUUUUCAACCUACAUAAUGUUAUAUUUUCCUUUGAUUUACAUGAGCUAGCAAUUCUUUGUUAAUCCCUUCAAGACACAUGUGCGAAGUUUGCGAUCUUAAAAAUGAUGACAAAAAUAUAUGCUAGUAUUCAUGGGA